CAAACACUGCGAAUUGCGUCCAUCGCUCCACUGGACUCCACAGAUGCACACCAACAGAACCAACAGUAUCACCCGAAUCAUCGUGGUCGCGCUUGAGAAACUAUAUUACAACUGGAAGAGUAUGUAAAUGCCAAUGUGCACACAUCGAUAUAUUUUUUGCCACUUAGCAUCGUAAUCAGCAGCAACAUCGCCAUCAGCACAACAUCAAGCAUCGACAUCCAUUUCAGGUGUUUAAGUUUCGUUUUGGAACACUGCGCAAAUUUGGUUAAAUCAAACCGAAAACUUUGGUUUGAGGUGUGUCAGUAAGUCACCUAUGUCGGGUAUUUUAAAUGAGUAUCGUAUUAUUUCUUAUACGCUUUCACAUUCAUAUAAUUUCAUAUUUUAUUGACAGGUUGUUGUGCUUUUUGAAUGAUGGAUAUAUGAAUGGAAUUGUCUCAUGCUUCGACAUUUGAUAGAAUGGAAACUAAUGUUUACGAAUAAAAGCAAAUACACCUAAUGGAAAGGAUUUAAAUAACCCAAAUAUAAAAAACAUAAAGGAUGAAAAUCAAUUAAAAUUAAACGAGAGCUUCGAUUUUGUUGAAAAACCUGCACACUCUUGCAAAAAAUCACCUAUUAAUAAGUCUUAUUCGUUGACUUUGGUAUCUUAAUCACUGAACAGCAGAAAAAAAAGCACACGAAAAGCACACAUGUGGAUUCCGACUUGUGGUGAUGAUUGAUGAUUGAUGAACGAUGGAGGUGUUUUCCGACAGUCGGUUCUCGGUUCGAUCGGUGAGUGCCUGGCUGCAGCACCUGAAUCAGCAGCUGGAAAAUGCGUCAAUUGGCCGAUUGCAAAUGGACUUUCCCAGCUCUGGAUCUCAAUCUGGUUGAUGUUGAGAAAGUGUGGAAUUCGCACCUGGAUCCGAAUCCAGUGCGAUCUUCGCUGGACGACGGACUGUUGGCCACGAGACCACGGAGGAAAUCCCUGCACUUGAGUCGACGACGGGAUAAAGUCAUUUGUGGGCUGUGCUGCCGGCGUCGCUGCCCAGAGUAAAUAUCGUCCGAAAAAGCCGCCCUCCGUUGUUGUUUUGCCAGGACUUUGACGUUGAAUUUUUCGGAAAAAAUGGGGGGUGGCGCAGUGCGCCGACUCGCAACACUGUUAUACUGUUAUAACCGCAAGGGGUGAGAUAGCAUUUCAGUUCGGCUUUUUACUCCGAAAAACGGCGCGACUGCGACGUCGACUGCAAUUUUGCAGUGCGUUCGAAAGUUCGACAACUUUGGAAAACUGUCAGUUGGCAGCGAACUUAGAACAGGUAGAGACGCACACGUUCCGCCUGGAAAAUCGGUCGAGAACGGAACAGGCUAGAAAGGAACAGUUACCCGACCGCCCGACCGCCCAACCGCCCGACCACCCGACAACCCCCCCCCCACUUCAUUGAUAGGAAAAGCCGAACGAGGGUUUUCCCCAUUCGUUUUUUGUUUGCUUUUUGGGGGCAGUUCGGAAAACGUGCGUCGACGUCGACAGCGACUGAAGAACGUCGACUGAAAACGGCGACGAUGUAAAAUUUUAUUACCCCAAACGCAUCGAGCAGUCGGGUUUUGGACGUCCGGACUUCACCGCCGCCUCGCUGCGACGCCAGACUUUUAUUGCAGCAAUUGCGAUUGCCAUAGAUAUAUAGAGUGGGCACACAGAUUCAUGGGCACAUGGUCAGGCCCGGAGAUCCCAAAAACUUUCUGAAGACGGACACAAACUUUUUCCAGAGCUCGGCAUAAAAGUGCAAAAGUUUUUGUUCGGCAGCGCCACAAACUAAAAGAAACUUCGCCGCCACCGCCGCCGCCGCGAAACCCCCCACUUUAAAAUCAAAAAAAAAAAAAAAAAAAACAACAGAACAACAGAACAACAAAAAAAAAAAAAACAAAAACAAAAAUCAAAAACAAAAACCAAAAAGAAAACCCAGUGCAAUGCAAUGCAAAAAGAAAAACACAAAUGUAUAAUAAACAAAUAUGCUAACAAAUAGUGAGUGGUCUAAUUGACAUCAAGUAUACGCCUCGUAAGCCGGCUAAGUUUUACCAUAACUCUAAACAUUCCUUCGCCGUCGUCGCGUUGACAAAAACGGAGCUGAGAUAAAAUUUGGAAAAGCCACUGGGAAAAUGGCGCUUUCCAAGCGGCCCCUCACCAAGGACACGCCCUUGUCCGAGAACAAUGGCGGCCACAAUGGGAGUGGCACUGAUCAUGAGACCUCCGUCAAGCGACGCAAGCGUUGCAGUCGCGACGAGGACUCCACUCUGAGCAGCCACAACAACAACAACAAUAACAACAAUAAUAAUAACAAUAAUAAUAACAAUACGAAUAACAAUAAUAACAACAACAACAACAACAACUUGCCGCAGAAGAAACGUAAACAGGGGCAUAUUGCCGAUAGUCCGGAGAGUCCCACCUGCGGUACCCUGCUGCCCACACACACGCACACGCCCACUGCCACGCCCACAGCGACGCCAACGGCCACGCCCCUGAGCAAAGGCAACACGGAUGCGGACCAGGACGAUGAGACGCUCAUCCGUGAGACACAGGCCGCCUUGAAGAGUCUCUCGGGCAGUUGGCCCUCCGAUUCGCGCGGCAAUCUCUAUCGGCUACAGGAACAGGACGAGAAUCCACCGCCCUUCCAGAAUCUCUUCGAGGAGAAGCAAAAGUAUGUGACCCUCGGCGGGCAUGCCAUCGACACGAGCCCAGCACCCAAUCCCACCAAUCCAUCCACGCUCUUCUCACGUUUCCACAGACAAAAGGAGAAUGACCAGGCGCGCCUGAAUGCCAGUAUCACUACUGGCAGCGGCUGCAAGAAAUCGCCCGAUCAGCUGGAUGACCACGAACUGGAGGACACCGCCUUCUCGGCCCCGGGCCUGUAUGCCCAGGCUGCGUCGGCCUUCAAGCCGCCCAUCGACAUCAUCAAACGGAAUUCCGUCUAUGUGGCCGCCGCUCAUGCCCAUUAUAGUGCCUAUAAUGCGGCCGCUGCAGCGGAAUCGGCUGCCGGAUUGGCCUAUUAUGGCUAUGCCGCUGCCGCCGCCGCCAGUCAACAGCAGCAGCAACAGCAGCAACAGCAGCAACAACAACUCAAUAGUACCGCCUUUGAUAUUGCCAGUCAAUUGGGCGAAAAGCAGCAACAGCAACAACAACAGCAGCAGCGGCCCAAGGAACCCAUGGCCGAUGGCAAACAGUAUACGAUCCUUCAGCCCGCGGGCAUUGGAAGUCGGGCCGCGUCCGUCAUGCAGGACAUUGCAUCGCGUGAGGGCGUUUUGGGCGUACCACUGGUGGCCACGCCCCCCUCGACAGCGGCCAACAGUCCGGCAGCAGCGGCAGGAUCGGCAGGAUCGGCAGCAGGAUCCUCGACUCCUUCGACACCGGCGCCCAGUUACUCGCCGGGCAGCCAGAAUCGCGUGCUGGCUCUGCACGAGCAGAUCCUGAAAUGCCCCACGCCCGGGUGCAAUGGUCGUGGCCACGUGCAGCCGCAUCGCAGCGUGCACCGCAGCCUCUCCGGCUGUCCAAGGGCCCUAAGGCGAUCCUCCGGCGGAUCAGGAUCGGCCAGUCGCCGUCCGGGAGCAGCGCCACUAGCAGCAACAGCAGCCGGAGAUCUGGACAAGCAUGAGAAGGAGCUGCAUCCGCUCGAAAAACUGAAGCUGGCCUCCAAUCACUAUCUCAACAAUAACAACAGUAGCUGCAUCAACAACAACAACAACAACAACAACAACAACAGCAACGGCAACAACAGCAACAGCACAACAGCAACGCCAGCGACGAUGCCGAUUAUCAAAUCGGAGUACAGUCCCGUAGCCAGCAUCAAAUCGGAGUAUAAUAAGAGCCCCAUGCACUCAUAUCUGUCGGGGGAUGCGGCCGCGCCCGUCCCCGCCGCUCCAUCAUCGGCAGGAUCCGCCCAAGCGCCGCGUUCCGGAUCGGCGAACGUGACCGGCGGAAGUGCGAACGGGGAGAACAACCUGCAUGCCCCCCACUUGAGUCGCUUUGUCGGGCUGCAGAGUCCGCCGCACCAGCCGCAUCUCAAUCCCCACGGCCACCACCAGCAGCAACAGCAACAGCAGCAACAACAGCAACAGCAGCAGCAACAGCAGCAACAACAUACGCUGCACCAGCAGAGAGGACCCUUCAUCGAGGGUAAUGAUGUGCCUGAUCCUUCAGCCACCUAUCACUCCGAGCACCAGCAGCAGCAGCAGCAGCAGCAACAGCAGCAACAGCAGCAGCAACAACAGCAGCAGCAGCAACAGGCCGACGAGCGGCAGCAGCAAUACGAACAGAUGCGCUAUGCCCAAAGUCAUGUGAGCGUCGGUCCGAGUGGCGAGCUAAUGGCGCCCAACGGCGGGGAAUUGUCACCGGGGACGGCGAGAAGCGCCUAUGAAGCGCAUCCCGGACAUCCGCAUCCGCAUCCCGGACAUACCGGGCACCCGCAUCCGCCCGUCUCGCUGAGUUCCCUCAGCUCGCCAGCGUUCGCAGUCGAUGCGGUGAGUGCAGCGGCCGUGGCCAGCGGUGCGGGCUUCGAGCGGUACGACCCCAGCGGCGUCUGCUGUCCCAGCAACGGCGGGGGUCAAAGGUCAGCGGCGGCCACAGCCGCAACGGCGGCCUCGGCAGCCGCCGCCUAUCACUAUCUGCCGCAAACCACCGACGAAAUGCAGGCCCAGCAGCAAAAGUAUCUGCAGGAGCAACAGCUCAUGCUGGCCGCCAAGGCGGAGCACGAGGAGCUGGCCAACGGCGGACAGCCCCUGUAUCCGCGGCCCAUGUACCACUAUGAUCCCACGAUGGGACCACUGCCACCUGGCUUCUCGGCCAUCAAUCUGUCGGUCAAGAUGGCCGCCGCUCAGGCCGCAGCUGCUGCGGCAGCCUACCAGAAUCAACAGCAACAGCAGCAGCAGCAGCAGCAACAGCAGCAGCAACAGCAGCAGCAGCAACACCACCAGCAGCAACAGCAGCAGCAGCAGCAACAGCAACAGCAGCAGCACGGCAAACAGAGCAGCUCGCCCGCACCAAAUGUGGGUGGCAGCGGUGUGCCGGCGGUGGACCUGAGCGGUUCCACCUCGGUAACCAGCAGCAGUCCGCACGGUUUCAACUCGCCAGCCUCGCACAACCAGUACACCGCCCAGCGCAUGGGCAACGGCAGUCCGCAGCCAGGAGCCAGUCCAAACAUAGCCAGUCCCCAGGUUCCAAGUCCCCAGGGCCAGACGUUGGACCUCAGCGUCACCCGGUUACCCCACAGCAUUAUUACGAGUCCACAGUACGGCGCCGAUGGCCUGGUGGUGGGUCAUGCCCAGGGUUUCGUGAGUGGAGCGACCGGACCUCUGGGUCCGGGCAACGGCGGACCACCGCGAUCGCCGCAAAUGGAACCAGUGGACUUCAGCGGACCACCGCGACCUCUGGGCUUCGGCCUGGUGGGACACAUCAGCGGUCCGCGACCCUAUAGCCGCGAGUCCACGCCAGAUAGCGGUGGCUCUCACUAUAUCGAAACGUACCGGGAUCCCAGCGGUUACUCACCGCACCCCGGUUACGGGAUGGUGGUGCAGUCGGACUAUCCGCCAGCCGGAUACCACGGCUACGGUCCGGCUGCGUACCAAUGCAGCAAUCCGUACGCCACGGCCGUCGGACCCGGUGGCUAUCCCACGCCCGUUUCCGGCGGAUACUCGCCCAGUCCGGCCACCUGCUACUCGAUGCCACCGCCUCAGCACAUCCCGCAGCACGACAAGUCCAAGGACGGAUUGACGGGCUGCUCGCGCUCGGACCGCAACCAUCUGCAAUCGCACUCGCAGGAGCUGAAGUGCCCCACGCCCGGAUGCGAUGGCUCCGGCCACGUGACCGGGAACUACUCCUCCCAUCGCAGCCUCUCCGGCUGUCCCAGGGCCAACAAGCCGAAGAGCAAGCCGCGCGACGGCCAGGACUCGGAGCCCCUCCGAUGUCCCAUUCCGGGCUGCGAUGGUUCCGGCCACUCCACCGGCAAGUUCCUCUCCCACAGAAGCGCUUCGGGCUGCCCGAUUGCCAAUCGCAACAAGAUGCGAGUUCUGGAAGCCGGCGGCACUGUGGAGCAACACAAGGCCGCAGUGGCAGCUGCCACGGCCAUGAAGUUCGAUGCCUGCACCACGGUGGGCAGCCAGGGCAUCAAGAAGCCGAAGUUCGAUGAGGUCACCAUGGUCUAUCCCAAGGGUUAUACAGGCGGCAGCGGUCUGGACAUUGUCAUGGGCGGCGUGGGAAGUAGUGUCGGCGUGGGACUGGGCCUCAAUGUCGGGAUCGGGGUCACCAGUAGCAGCAGCGGUAGCAAUACUGGCAUCGGCGGCGGUGGCAACAACAACAACUCCAGCGGCAGCAGCAGCAGCAACAACAGCGGACCGGAAAAGAAUCCAAAUCCAACUGGUGGUGCAGGAGGUCCCUCGUCGGGCGCCACUGGCAGCGAUGAUCUAAACACGUUGGAGGCCGAGAUCUCGGAGCUUCAGCGGGAGAAUGCCCGGGUGGAGUCACAAAUGAUGCGGCUAAAGUCGGAUAUCAAUGCCAUGGAGUCGCAGCUGAGCACCAGCGAUCGGGAGGCUUCUCCACUGAGCGGCCAUCAGCAGCAGCAGCAGCAGCAGCAGCUUCCUCGUUCCUCGGUGGCUUUGGCCUCGCCCAGCGGUCAAUCGCCAUUCGCCAGUGUCAGCUCCACCAGUGGUGGCACCACAGUGGUCAGCGGAGGAGCCACCCCCAAUGGCAGCAGCACUAAUACCAAUACCAAUACCAAUACCAACACCAACUCCGGCGGCGGCGGCGGCGGCGGCAGCACCACCAAUGCCAACGAUCUGAACCACUCGAUCAGCAGUUUGGCACCCAGUUCUGGCAGUAAUCCCAUCGAUGGUGGUGCCCCACCCAAUGCCAACUUGAACAACUACUACGAGAGCCUGAGGAACAAUGUGAUCACGCUGCUGGAGCACGUGCGUCUGCCACCCCCGCCACCACCUCCAGGUGGCACUGCCAGUUCCUCCACAGCAUCCGCAUCGUCGGUGGCUCAUCAUGGCCUGGACAAUGUGGUGUGCGGUGGCGGUCAAUUGGUCACGGGCGGCGGAUCCCUGGUGGGUGGGGGUGAGCAUCCUUCCGCGUACUCCACCCUCCUGCCGCCGCCACCACCGCCACCAUCGUCUUCGGGUGGAUCAGCACCCGUGAGUGGCGUGAGUGGCAUGUACGGAGGAUCCAGUGGUCUGCUUCAGGGAGCCAACUCGAGCAACCUUAGUGGUCCGCCUCCAGUGCCGCCGCCGCCGCACCACCAUCAUCCCUAUACGGUGCACCAUCCCGUCAGCUAUGCCCAUCCGCAUGCCCAUCCGCACGGACAUCCGCAUCCGCAUCCGCACGAGCACUUCGACUCGUACAUCUCGAAACUGCAGUCGCUCUGCGUACCCCCCGAUGUGUAUGCGCUGCCCGAGGAUGCGGAAAGGCCCGUCUACAACUCGGUGAAGCCCACAAUGCACCAGGACUAUGGCAAGCUGAUGCCCACGCCCAUCUAAGGCCCCUGAGCGCCAUCACUGGUGACCCCUACGCACCGCACAGAGCCACAUCCCGUCCAGGGCUCGAAUCAAGUGUAAAUACUAAAAAAAAAAAAAAAGAAGAGAGAAAAAACAGAAAGGUAACGCUGGGGUUAAUUCAUAGGCCUGACUUUAAGGCAGACUAUACAAAUUAAAAAACAACAAAAAAAAAAAAGAAACUGGUGGUCGAGGUCACCCAACCAUGCUAGCUAUUAGGUCUAGAAAACUAGCCAUUUAGUUGGUCGUCGGGACAGUGCUGGUCCCAAGUCUAGUGCUUAGAACUGUUCCACAUCCUAGAUCCUAGACGCUUUCGUCGUGUGUGUUGAUAGCAACUCUGUAUAAAAACCAGGAAAGGAAAACCAAACAUAAGUGUGUAAUUGGAUUAUAAAUUGCAAUUUUUUUUUGUCUGUAUCAAAUACUAAAACUAGAAGUUAUAGAUAACUAUAUAUAUAUAAAUAUAUAAAUAUAUAUAUAUAUAUAUAUAUAUAUAUAUAUAUAUGAGAAUUUAAUUUAAACGUAGGGCAUUUGUUUGGUGUUAAUGUCUGGUCAAUUUUUUGCAAACGGAAUACGAGAUGUUCGCAACUACUUAAUAGCCCACUUAGUACCCCAUUAGCCCAUAAUAUCCCCGCAGUCUAAGUUUAGUUAAGUGGCAAAGUCGAACACCAAAAGUGAAAAAAAAAGAGUAAACAUGCAAUUUAUAGACAUGCAAAUAUAAUCAAUACUAAACUUAGUGGAUGUAAUCGUACGAUUUUUUUUUGUUUUUUUUUUGUGCAAUUGUAAUAUUAAAAAUGUAAUAGUAAUAUCAAGCGAAUAUCUAAAACUAUAUGGGCUAAGUGUGUGAACGAAGGUGGGAACUUUGGGUUGCGAGGUGGCAAAACGUACAUAUAAUCGGGAAAAACGAAACACGCGUAUAUUCGCAGAUUAUAUCAGUAUGUGAGUGCGGCAUGUAUGGCUGCUUCUCUGUAGGAUCGUAAGUUUUAAUGUUACCCCUUGCGAAAUCGGGCAGGAGGCAUUAACCGAGACCCCAAGAACCCAAAAAUAAAAUCGAAAACAUAGAUUAAAAUUCAGUGCAAUACAUACAACCAAAUGAGGGCAAAACGAAAAACCAAAAAUCGUAAUAAACUAAUUGUGUAAGCUUAAGUAAAACAAGUAGUUGAACAAAAUGUAACGUUUUUUUUUUUUGUAUCAUCAUACGUCUAAUCUUAAACUUAAACAUAACUAAAUAAAAAAAAAAAAAGAAAUAAAUCGUAGAACGGAGAACGGAGAAGAUGGAAAACCCCAAAAACCGCAAGGUAAUUUAGACGAAUUUUAAAAGAAAAACCAAAUUGAAAAAGUUUAAAAUAAAAAAAAAAUGAAUGGCGAAAUGCGAAAGAGUAUGAAAAUAAAUAGCAGGCUUAACAAAAAUCAUUGUACUAAAUGAAGUAAUACAUUACGAUGAUUAAAAUAAUUACACUAAACUAAAUAUAAAAUAUAUAUAUAUAAUAUAAUAUUGUAUUGUAUGACAAGAAAAAUUCUGUAAUUUACAACCGAAAAAUAUUUUAUGUGAUCAUUGUCUUUUUUUUUAAUAUUACAAGAAAUAAAUAAUUCGAAUACCAAAUAAAGGAUAU